GGUGGAUCUGGAGGACAAGAUAGUCGAGAAAAACUUCACAAAGUCCUUGGUUUAACGUUCGACUGGGAUGAAUUUCCCAUCGUCCGCGUGUCUCAAGUUGACGAGGGCAGUCGUGCUGAGAAGGAAAAAGUAGUAGUAGGCGAUUGGCUUUUGCUGUUUGGCGGAUCACAAGACAGGAUAACGCUUGCUGCGACGUGGGAGGGCAAGAACCCCGAUGAUUCAUUGUUCAGGAAGUUGAAACGGAAGGUGGACAGGAAGGACAAACCG